UUGAUUCGUGUCACUAGUAGAUUGAUGCUACUUAGUAUUGCAUGAUGUUAUACUACCUAGUGAGCAUUAUUUAUCCAUGGCGCUUCGAGUUAUAGUUAAGGACUUAGGGUGAGGUUUAUGGCAAAAGGAUUGAGACUUAUUAGUAAUUGAGGAAAUUCAACUGCAAUGGCCGAGGAAAGCGACCAACCCUCUCGAUACAGACUUGUUGUCCCGAAACAACAUCAAACCGAAGAGAUCUUGAAAUUUCCUCAUUGCAAGAAUAAUCUUGGGAACUCCAUCAAGACAACGAAGUACACAAUAUGGUCUUUUAUUCCUAAAAAUUUAUUUGAACAAUUUCACCGUUUUGCAAAUAUUUAUUUCUUGUUUAUCGUAUGCUUGAACUGGAUGCCGGCUAUAAACGCGUUUGGACGAGAAAUAGCCAUGUUGCCUUUGCUAUUUGUCUUGUCAGUAACCGCAGUGAAAGACUUGUUUGAAGAUCGAAGGCGAUACAACUCGGACAAAAGAGUAAAUAACACUAUUUGCCAUGUGUACGACAGUUUAAGCAAUGAAUACCAUAGUACAAAGUGGAAAGAUGUUGUCGUUGGCGAUAUCAUUAGAUUGUCUAGUGAUGACAUCAUACCUGCCGAUGUUUUACUUCUGAACUCUAGUGAUCCUCAUGACAUAUGCUUCAUAGAAACAGCUAAUUUAGAUGGAGAAACCAACUUAAAACAAAGAGAGACUGUCAAAGGACUUUAUGAGAAAAGUCAUCGAUUCGCACCAAGAGAUUUUGACUCACACAUCAAAUGUGAGGAACCUAACAACCAUAUUUACCGUUUCCAUGGAAAAGUGGAAUGUGCCGAUGGUAAUGUGCUGUCAAUCAACAAUCAUAACCUUCUCCUGCGAGGGUGUAUUAUUCGCAACACUAAGUGGGUAGAGGGUAUUGUUAUCUAUGCAGGACAUGAUACUAAAGCCAUGUUAAACAACAGUGGGCCUCGUUACAAGCACAGCAAAGUAGAGAGACACAUCAAUCUGGAUAUAAUUGCAUGUGUAGUUAUAUUAUUCACCAUAUGUUUUCUUUGUGGUGUUGGCUGUGGCUUGUGGACACAAGAAAAUGCAUUUUUUAACUCGCAUUUCACACCAGGAGGGGAAAGCAGCCCUGCUAUGGAAGGAUUCCUCAGGUUUUGGACAUUUAUCAUCAUAUUCCAGGUCCUCAUUCCUAUUUCACUGUAUGUAUCUGCCGAGAUAGCCAAGCUUGGGCAAAUCUACUUCAUAUCUCAAGACUUGGAACUUUAUCGAAAAGACACGGAUCAGCCUGUCAUUUGUAGAGCUCUCAAUAUCAACGAAGACCUUGGCCAAAUCAAAUACGUCUUCUCCGAUAAAACUGGAACACUGACAGAAAACAAGAUGGAAUUUAGAAAGUGUACAAUCGGCGGUACUAAUUUCCCUCACAAAGACAAAAGACCAACAGAUUCUUCAGAUCAAAUUGAUGCAAAUAGUCCUCAACUAAGUAAAGAUUCACAAGAUGAACUUUAUAAUGAACAAGUUCCUAGCCAGAGUAACACAACAAAAAAUAUCCCAUGGGACACCAACUUGGCCUUUGCGAUUUCAACCGAUUCUAAUUCCGAGGUGUAUCAAGGGAAACUCUCGUCAUUUCUACGCGAAUUUUUUAUCCUAUUAUCGAUAUGUAAUACGGUCGUGGUAUCGGGACAACAACCAUCAUCGCCUUCCAAGAAAGUCACCCUUGAAAAUAGUGAAGAUUCUGCUACUAACAUGACGUCUCAUCCUCCUCCGGUUAUGGAAGAAUCUACCCAACCAACUGCUAGUCUACACGUUGACAACGGGACUGGUGAAGUAAAUCAAGGACUCGCUCCUUCACCGGCCAAAACUAGCCCUCAAAAACAGAACGGCUUUGUCGUACCAACUCGGUUAAACUUUGAUCAAUGUACAAAUCACAAUGAUAUAAUAUAUGAAGCUGAAUCGCCAGACGAGGCUGCGCUAGUUCGAAUGGCUAGUUCUUACGGUUUUAAGCUCAUUUCUCGUAGCCCUAACACUGUUACUAUAUUAAUACCUGGCGAAGGACUAGUCACAUUUGAGGUUCUACACGUGCUUGCUUUCGAUUCGACACGGAAACGUAUGUCGGUUGUCGUUCGUCGGCCACCUGAUGGAGAGAUUCUUAUGUAUUGUAAAGGGGCUGAUACGGUUGUCAUGGAGAGGCUAUCACGUGACCAUCGAAAAGCAGAAGACCAGACUGAUUCUAGCGGGGCUGGAAAUGGUAGUAAAUCGCGUCGACAUUCUAUUACAGAGAGUACAGAAAUUCAUUUAGAUGUUUAUGCAAGAGAUGGCCUAAGGACGUUGUGUAUGGCUAGGAAGGAACUGACUGAAGACCAGUACAGGGAAUGGCUGACUGAACACAGAAAAGCUGAAACAGCGCUUGACCACAGAGAAAGAAAACUUUACGAGUCAGCUCAACGACUAGAAACAAACAUGGAACUUCUGGGAGCUACAGGAAUUGAAGAUCGUUUACAGGAUGGCGUUCCUCAGACUAUAGCUCAGCUUAGACAGGCUGGAAUCAAAGUCUGGGUUCUUACGGGAGAUAAACAGGAAACUGCCGUCAGUGUUAGUUAUGCUUGUAAGCUUCUUGAUAGAAACAUGGAGAAAAUAUUCUUGAAUGCCAAAUCUAGGGAGGAUUGCAGUGUUCAGAUAACAGCACAUUUAAGACGCCUACAUCUAGGCAGCUCGGACAGUAUUCAUAUUGGCCCUUCGACAUCCACUGAUGAAUCGACAUGCAGUAAUGGCGAGCUCCCUAAGGGCUUGGUUAUUGAUGGUCGUACGUUGGUUUACGCACUAGAAAAACCACUCAAUCUGAAAUUCCUGACCCUUGCUUCUCACUGCCAAGUUGUAUUGUGUUGUAGGGCAACACCCAUUCAGAAGGCGUCUGUGGUUCAAUUGGUACGCGAUGGACUCAAGGUUAUGACUCUAGCUAUAGGAGAUGGAGCAAAUGAUGUUAGUAUGAUCCAAAUGGCCGAUGUUGGGAUUGGAAUCACAGGACAAGAAGGCAUGCAGGCUGUAAUGGCCAGUGAUUUUGCUAUAGGAAGGUUUCGCUUCUUGACGCAGCUAUUGCUAGUCCAUGGACAUUGGUGCUACGACAGAAUCACUAAGAUGUUUUUGUAUUUUUUCUAUAAAAACGCGAUGUUCGUGUUCGUUCUCUUCUGGUUCCAAUUAUACAAUGGUUUUUCAGGCUCGAAUCUCAUCGACGACUUAUCUUUGAUAUUUUUUAACCUUAUCUUCACGGCUGUCCCUCCUGUAAUAUGUGGAAUCCUGGACAAGGAUUUACCAGCGUCCGUUUUGAAGAACAACCCGCCUUUGUAUAAAACAGGCCAAAAUGACAAGCUUUAUACUCGUAAAUCUUUUUGGCUCACCAUACUGGAUGCUUUGUAUCAAAGUGUAGUCCUGUUCUUCUUUUGUUCAAUUGUAUUUGAGGGAAGUAUCGCUGAUGAUCGGUUGGUUGGUAUCACGAUACAUCAGGCAGCAGUCAUCGUGGCAAGUUUACACAUGGGUCUUGUCUUUGCUCAGUGGACAUGGAUUCAUCACGUGAUGCUGUGGGGAAGUGUAGCAUUGUCGUUUGCAUGGACUAUCUGCUAUGGCUUGGUGCUGGUCACCCAUAAGAUCUACUAUGUCUCCAUAGCAACACUCGGAAGCAAAGAAUUCUGGUCUCUUUGCUCACUGAUUGCCAUUACAGCGUUGUUACCAAGGUAUUCUUUAUUGAGUCUUCGCAGGACACUUUGGCCAACAGAGAUCGACAAAGCACAGAUAAAAAUUACAACACGGCAGUCAACAUUCUCUCCCAACUUAGUUAGAAUUGAUGCUAAUACUGAACCCCCAACACAAGUAUCAGGUCUUGGUACAUGAAUUAUCAUAAUGACAAAUGCCUACACUUUUGGAUUUCCUGUAUUAAACGUUUUAGUACUUAGUCUUACACUGUAAUGUUUACCACAGAGAACCCAGAAGACUGGUAGAGUACUAAGUAGAAGCGAAAGAAAUAGAUUCAGUUCAUUAUGGAUUUAAAAGAUUUUAUACUUAAUAACAACAAAAAAUUGUAUUCAAUGCAAGUUGUCAAUAAUUGAAGAAUGCUUAAAAAAUACAUAUUGUAUUCAUGUUUGCAGGACAAACAUUCUGUUGAAAUUAGGAUUAAAGUAUUACAAACAAUA